UGCAGGUUAAAGUCCCUGUUCGUGAGCCAGACUGUACGGAUCCUCUGUUCCUUCGCUGCUGAAUCUCUGGGAUCAAUCAAUCAAUCAACCAUGUCCACAGCUGGGAAGGUCAUCAGAUGCAGGGCGGCGGUGUCCUGGGCGCCCAACACGCCGGCCACCAUCGAGGAGAUCGAGGUGGCUCCUCCGCAGGCCGGUGAGGUCCGCAUCAAGAUAGUGGCGACCUCGGUGUGCCACUCGGACCUGUACCACCUGCUGGAAAGCAUGACCGAAGACGGCUUCCCCACGGUCCUGGGCCACGAGGGCGCCGGCAUCGUGGAGAGUGUCGGACCUGGAGUCACCGAGUUUCAGCCCGGAGACAAGGCGAUUCCUCUUUUCCUCUGCCAGUGUAAGGAAUGUCGGUUCUGUAAGAGUCCGAGGACCAACCAGUGUGAGAGAGCAUGGACCAGAAUUCGUCAAGAAAUUAUGGCCGGAGUGGAGUCCAGGUUCACCUGUAAGGGGAAGAGGAUCCACCAGUUCAUGGGAACCAGCACCUUCUCUGAGUACACCGUCAUCAACCAGAUCGCUGUGACCAAGAUCGACCCCGCGGCUCCUCUGGACAAGGUCUGCCUGCUGGGCUGCGGGAUCUGCACCGGCUACGGAGCCGCGGUGAACACCGCCAAGGUGGAAGCGGGCUCCAGCUGCGCCGUGUUCGGUCUGGGAGCCGUGGGCCUGGCUGCCGUCAUGGGCUGCAAGGCGGCAGGAGCCAGCAGGAUCAUCGCCGUCGACAUCAACCCGGACAAAGCAGAGAAGGCCAAAGAGUUGGGCGCCACCGACUUCCUGAACCCAAAAGACCACAGCCAGCCCGUCCAUGAGGUGAUCUCUGGCAUGACCGGAGGAGGGGUGGACUUCUCCCUGGAGUGCGUGGGGAACGUGGAGGUCAUGCGCAGCGCCUUGGAGUCCAGCAUGGAGGCCUGGGGCGUCAGCGUGGUGGUCGGCUGGACCGACAUGUUCGACAUCGCCAUCCGACCGCGCCACCUGAUCUGCGGGCGGACCUGGAAGGGCUCCAUGUUUGGAGGGUUUAAAGCUAAAGACGGCGUGGCGGGGAUGGUGAGAGCCUUCCUGGAGAAGAAGGUGAAGCUGGACGAGUUCAUCAGCCACAACAUGGCGCUGGAGCAGGUCAACGACGCCAUAGAGCUGAUGCGGAACUCCCAAUGCGUCCGGGUCGUCAUGAAGGUUUCUCCUGAGUAGAACCAGAGCCGGUCCUGAUGUUUGGUUUUAUUCUGGGUUUUUAUCCUCAGCGCUCCGUCUGCUGGAACAUGACGAGGUCCGUCAGCCUCACUGUGCCACACUGUGGCACAGGAAACGUACAGACUGAACUGCAUGAAGCAGCCAGAGGAAACCCUGAGUGUUUCUCAGUUUGACAGUCAGAGCUGGGAUGGAGACCGCAGAAACAUCUCACAAGAAAUGAUCACAUUAAUCAAUAAUACACCGGAAAUGAACCGUUUUCCAGUGAAUGAUUACACAU